UAAAAGAAAUGAAGACCUCUCAAUUUUGUGAAGAAAAGAAGUGGAAAUGGUUUCUGCCGGCCUUGCAGGAGCCCUCUUCUCAGCAGCCAAUCCCAGCUCUUUAACAGCUCGUUUGGUUGCUCCGCGGUUCACCACACCGUUCCAAUCCUCAUCUCUUCUCACGCUGUCUUCCUCUUUGCUCCACCGUCAGAGUGUUCCAGUGAGAAGAUUAUUGCAGGUUCGAGCGGCGAGAAUGGAGUCCACUCGUGCAUCCUUGGGCUUCAGAGCUCCACAUUUUGAGCUUCCGGAGCCUUUGACUGGGAAAGUUUGGACCUUGGAUGAGUUUGAAUCCUACCCUGCUUUGCUGGUGAUGUUCAUUUGCAACCACUGCCCAUUUGUUAAGCACUUAAAAAAGGAUAUUGCGAAGAUUACAAGUUUCUACAUGGGGAAGGGACUUGGUGUUGUUGCAAUCUCUUCAAAUUCCGCCAUUACACAUCCACAGGAUGGACCUGAAUUUAUGGCACAAGAUGCGAAGCUAUUUAACUAUCCUUUCCCUUACUUGUUUGAUGAGACACAAGAAGUUGCUCGGGCAUUUCAAGCUGUAUGCACACCGGAGUUUUUCCUCUUCAAAAAGGAUGGAAGGCGACCUUUUGAGUUGUUCUACCAUGGACAAUUUGAUGACUCCCGACCAAACAGUAACAUACCUGUCACAGGAAGAGAUUUGAGUUUGGCAAUAGAUUGUGUUCUAAGUGGCCAGCACUUGUCUAUUGCCCAAAAGCCAAGUAUUGGAUGCAGCAUAAAGUGGCAUCUGGGAAAGAGCUCAUGAUGGUAUGCUGUCCCCGGUUUUUCAACUCUGCACCGUAUCUCUGCCUUCACUCGUUGAUGUCAUGCAUAAGUUUGAAGCCAUGAGGACUAGUUGCCAAAACUUAGUGUCCAAAAGUGCAUCUAGAAAGGAGGAACUUAUCUACUAAAAUGCAUUAUACAUGCUUUUUACCAUACCAUAAAAAUGGUAGACACGUGCUUGUUACCUUUGAACUCAUCAUCGUUAUUAAGUGCAUGUGCUUCUCUGUGUUCUGAAUUAAUAUAAACAAAUUGCUAGUCUGUCUGCUUCAUUCUAGUUCAUGUUGCAGAUGGAGCAAUUAAAGAAAACCGUAUUUUGAUAAACGCCAACACAUAAAAUGUCAAGCUUUGUCGAUGAUAA